CUUGAGCAUUUGGCUCCGUGAUCAGAGCUCUGCGCGCUCUGCUGUGUCUGCUGCUGCUGCUAGAGUUGCGCUCAGGACUGCCUGGGUGUGGAUGGAAGCUAAUCUGCGUUGCAAUGUGAACUUAUUUACUUUUAUAUAUAUAAGGCUAUUUCAUACACGAUGCCGGCUGGGAGCUGCUUCUGCUCGUCCCCAAGUGUCGGACUUUACGCACUGCAUGGUAGCCAACUUCUGGUGCCUGGUAAUGCGGAGGAUACAGAGCAGAGAAACUGACCAGCUGAGGACGAGGGAUUGACAACGUUUGCUGAUUUUGGAGGAAACUGUUUUGGAGCUCACUGAGAGUCACUGUGAUGAUGAAUCACAACAGACGUCUCACCCCGGGUUUACGCAUUUUAUCAGGCGUCUAAGCGUCUUUCUCUCCCCAAAAUGCUUCAAGGAGUGAUGCAAAGCUGCGCGCAAGUUCCCUCUCUUCAGUUCUUGAAUUUUGCAGACAAAAACAAGUAGACAAGACACGAGUGAAAGGGCUUUCAGAAUUGUUUUGCGCGCGCACUAUGAUUUUUUUUAGCGUUUGCCAAUGACUGGAUGAGGCAUGACAUUUUUACCAGAGAAUAUGCUUUUUCAUUUUUUACUAACGAUGCUGCAAGUAGGAUUUUUUCCAUUGAAUUAAGCCAGUUCGGCUUCCAUACAAUUUUGUGGGGGAUUCUUGUUUGCCUAACGGCUCAAAGAAACAUGUUGCAUAUCCUUGCGCUUCAGUCAGCGGUGUUACUUUUUGGAGUAGCCGACUGUCGAGUCUUAGAGGGAUUACAGAGAUAUUCCUCCAUCCCCACAUACCUGCCGGUCAACUACCAGGUGCUCAACGCAGACUUGGCAUUCUUCCUAAAGGAAGCCAACCAGGACUUCAUGAGGAACUCUAGCCUGAUGUCACGAACUGAGCCCUUCUUCAUAUACCAGGCCAGAAGUUUGCCCUCCAUGAACACUAGCUACGGGCCUUUCUCUGUGGAGCAGCCUGUCCCUUUAGAGCUCCUACAGAGCCCGGGGAUGUUUCCCGCUUCGUCUGUUUUUACCUUCAACUGGAAGGUUCAGACCUUUAUCAUGAAUACCAGGAUUCACUUGGCCAAGCCCAAAGUCCAGGUGCUGUUUUAUGUCGCAGGCAGGGACUGGGACAACUACAGUACCAUCGACAAGCUGCCCUGCGUGCACAUGUUUGCUUUCCAUGAGACCCAGGAGGUGCGUGGCACUUGCCAGCUGAAGGGGGGGCUGGGGCUGUGCGUGGCUGAGCUGGAGCCCUUGGCCAGCUGGUUCAGCCCACCCAGCGUGGUGCCGGGACGCCAGAGGAACCUUGAAGUGUCUGAGGGCACGCCAGUGGAGCUCUACUACAUGCUGCAGUCCACAGAAGCAGGGGAGUGCCACUCAGAGGAGGCCAGGAAGGACAACUUCAUCCGCUCAAGCCAGGAAGGGUUGUUUGGUUCGUACACCUCCACACCGCUGCGGAGGAUCGGUGGCGUGAGGCUCUACCAGAACCCCACUCCGCCACCCCUCGCUGAACACAGGCUGGAUAAUAACUUUAUGGUCAUGGUGCCAGCCACACCCAUGAGACAGAGGGAAACUGUCUCUGCUUUUAUCACUGUGUCAGCCUACUCUCCUGUGGAGAUGUUUACUCUCAGAGUGAAGUUGAAAGAGGGAGUGACGUUUCUCGGGGCUCGUCCCAGCAAUCCUACUCAGUGGAUAGUUAGCCAGGAUGUGAGGAGUGAAGGCCACCGAGUGGUGACUCUCCACUGCCGCAGGAAGGAGUCCGGCUACGAUCAGCAAAGGUCUGAGAUGGGAGUUCAGAGGGUGCUCCAGGUGGAUCUGAAAAUGGAAAGCUUUCCAGAGCCGCUGGGCAGCCGCUGGAUGGCCUGGCAGGUGGAGUACCCGGCCAGUCGUGCCGCCACACAAGAGGCUGAGACGGAGAUCCAACUGGCGCAGGAGGACCUGGCGGGCAUCGUGCCCCUGGCCAUGGACUCAGAGAUUUUAAACACAGCUGUGCUGACUGGGAAGACAGUGGCUGUCCCAGUAAAGGUUGUGACCAUUGGAAUAGACGCCUCUGUUACCGAUGUCUCUGAAGCGGUCAAGUGUCGCUCUACGGACGAAGAUGUGGUCAAGGUGUCAGACAGGUGCGACUAUGUUUUUGUGAAUGGCAAGGAGAUGAAGGGCAAGGUGAAGAUGAUGGUGAACUUCACCUAUGGAUACCUGAGCGCUCAGUUGGAGCUCAACGUGUGGAUCCCUCGGCUCCCCCUCCAGAUUGAGGUGUCAGACACGGAGCUGAGCCAGAUCAAAGGGUGGAGGGUUCCCAUCAUGGCCACCAGCCAGAGGUCCACACGGGACAGUGAGGACGAGGAUGAUGAGGACAGACGAGGACGGAGCUGCACCCUGCAAUACCAGCACGCCAUGGUCAGAGUCCUGACCCAUUUUGUAGCAGAGUCAGCUGAUCCCCGAGGCCAGACCAGCUUCAUGCUGGGCACUGAUUGGCAGGUGGAUAUCACAGAGCUGGUCUGGGACUUCCUGAAGGUGGAGGACUCCCAGAUUGCACAGCUAUUGGACAGAAGGAUACUGGUGGGACUGGACAUGGGGAUGACCACUAUCCAGGUGUUGUCUCCUUUGUCAGACUCAAUCCUGGCAGAGAAGACUAUCACAGUGGUGGAUGACAAAGUGACCAUCACAGAGUUGGGGGUCCAGCUGGUGACGGGCCUCUCCAUGAGCCUGCAGCUCAGUCCAGGAAGCAACAGAGCCAUCCUGGCUACCACGACCACACAGGAGAUUCUGCAAAGCCCCAAACAGGAGGCCUUGAUCAGCGCCUGGCUCCAGUUCAGCGAUGGCUCUGUGGCUCCUCUAGACCUGUAUAAUCCUGACUUCUUUGUCCUGACAGCCACCUCCCUAGAUGAGGAGAUAGUGACAGUGCAGCAGAACCCUUCAUGGAAAUGGCCUGUCAUCGUGACAGAGGCGGAGGGCCAAGGCCUGCUGGUCAGGGUGGAAAUGACUGUCUGCGAGGUCUGCCAGAAGUUCAAGCGCCGCAGUAUCCUGGCAGCGGGGAACUGCAACGUCAGGGUGAAGUUUGGUCACAGUGACAGCUCAAGGGGAGGUAGCAGCGACUAUGGCCCCGAUGGAGACGAUAUGGAGAACAGAGGCAGGCUCUCCCCAUCUCAGGACAGGACCGGCCCUGACACCCACUACUAUGGCAGCUCCAUCUCUGACAUGGAGGAUGGGGUGUUGAGGAGAGCCACCACCACUAGAAGCGCAAUAAUGCGCAGACCCAAUGGGGAUAAACUUUCAGACGAUGGUAGCCAGAACAUGCCGAUUGACUUUGCUGACUUUCCUGCACAAGUGGACCUCCCCCGUGGCCGCAAUAUAGACGAUGACCUCAUUCAGACAGCUCGUGGGCUCACAGACCUGGAGAUUGGCAUGUACGCCCUGCUGGGCGUCUUCUGCCUCGCCAUCCUUGUAUUCCUCAUCAACUGCAUCUCCUAUACUCUGAAAUACCGUCACAAGGAGCUCUCAAUCGAGGGCCAGGAGAGCAUGAAUCACGCUCAUGAUUGGGUGUGGCUGGGGAAUGAGGCAGAGCUGCUAGAGAGCCAAAUCAGCCUGUCGCCCCAGCAGGAGGAACAGACUUCCAUGAUGGACUCCAGCAGCGGGCUCGAGGAGGGCAGCCACUUGCUGAACGGAGGUUCGGCCCAGAAGAAUGUGCAGGGCCAAGUCCACCGGGCGGCAGACUCAGGGUGCAUAGCCAAGGACAGCAAAGGGGACUCACCCACCACCAAGAGGAAGAGAGUCAAGUUCACCACGUUCACCACCAUCCCCUCAGACAGUAGCUACCCCACUGUUAACACACUGACUGGAAGCCACAGCCAGGACAUUAAGUGGGUGUGCCAAGACGUGGAGCUGGGAGACUCCAAGGAGUUGCGCAAUUACAUGGAAAGGUUAAAUGACAGUGCUUUAAAAGAGGUGGCAUAAUGUACUGCGUGCACUUGUAACAAACUCACCCUUAUGCCUUUCAGAGGAAAGUGGGUCUGGACAGAAACCGGACCCAGAAAUUGACUUCACCCCAAACUGCCAAAGGGUCAUUAAAUUAAAGAGGAUUAUCAUGAUUCCACAAGUGGAUAAAUAUGUCAAUAAAUGAGGACAUCAGUUGGUCCUUUUUUUCAUUUGUUUAUCAGAUGAUUACCUUUUUAUCAUCAUUUUAUUACUACAGGGUUUAGAUAGAAUGAUCCCAGGACUGAUCUGCAGCAACUACAACCUGUAAUAUUCAGACAACAUGUAGAUUUUAAAACCAACAGUAACCUGACUAGAUAGAUGUCCCGAAUGUGUGUGCACAUUAAAUGGUUUUGGAAGUUUUGUAACAUUUUGGAUAUUAAUUUCUUUCGCCAGAUCCUUAUUCUGUGGAAGAGUUCUGGAAAGGCCAAAGCAAGCAACGAGAAAUUUCUGCAUGUCGAUGGAAAAAAAAAAAAAAAAAGGCACAACUUUCCGGUUCAUUCUCAUCCUCUUUAACACGGCAGAAGACCUGUUAUGUAUAUACCAAACAGUCUCCAAAGCAUUGUAUUGUUGCUCUGUAUAUUGUAUUUUCAUAACAUUUAAGAAAUACACAACAAUGUGAA